GUGAAGCUGUAAGAGAGAUGAGCAAUGCCUAGACAAACAACAGUUGCUGUCAUUGUGGCCACUCUGUUGGGUGUUACAGCAGGAGGUCUGUUUUUCUGGAAAGUUACCCGACGUCGGAAAGACAAAGCCUGCAUCCCACUUAACCGAGGAGGAGCUGUCAAAGAACAAGGAACGGAAGAUCUCCCAGAAGAAAGGUUUCUUCCACUCUUCUCCUCUACCAUUGUCCCCUGGGUGGAGAAGAUUCUUGGGGGAGAAAUAGUGAUUGUUUCUAAUGCAGAGGGUUGGAAUAGACUGGAACCCUUACUAAAGAAGGAGUUGGAACACUGUCCAGUCCUUGGAAUCGACUGUGAGUGGGUCUCUAUCGAAGGGAAGGCCAAGCCUGUCUCUCUCCUGCAAAUGGCAGCCUCCAGUGGUCUUUGUGUCCUCCUUCGCUUACCCAGGCUGACCAGUGGCGAACAGACUCUUCCAAAGACGUUGCUGGACAUCCUCGCAGAUGGUGGCAUCCUGAAAGUUGGGGUAGGGUGUUGGGAAGACGGCUGCAAGUUGCUUCGUGACUAUGGGGUAACAGUCAAAGGAAGUGUUGAUCUCCGGUAUCUGGCCAUGAGACAAAGUAAGUCCCUCCCACCAAAUGGACUCAGCCUCAAAUCUCUAGCGGAAAGGAUCCUGAACUAUUCACUUGACAAAUCUCUUCGCCUGCGGUGCAGCAACUGGGAGAACGAGCAACUGACUGAGGAACAGAUUGCUUAUGCUGCCAGGGAUGCCCAGGUAUCGGUAGCUAUGUUCCUGCAUCUGCUGAGACUUCCCUUCAUCCCUCAAGCAGAAAGGAGUGAGCACGCUCUCCCUGCUUGGGAAAAGGGCCUGAGAAAGUGCCAGGGCUUGGUGGAUGUACCCUUCAGAGGAAGAAACAGUAGUUGCCUUGGUGAUGAUGAGAACAAAGAAGACUGGCCGCAAAAAGCAAAGAAUCAGCAGUCACUGUCUAAUGAGCAUUCCCCAGUCAACCAGCCAGCAAAGGACCCUCGGAAGCACAAGCGCAAGCCCCUGGGAGUAGGAUAUUCUGCUAGGAAAUCUCCCCUGUAUGACAAUUGCUUCUUAUAUGCACCAGAUGGGCAGCCUCUAUGCACUUGUGAUCGCAAGAAGGCCCAGUGGUAUCUUGAUAAGGGCAUUGCAGAGUUGGUGGGUACAGACCCAUUUAUUGUGAAGCUUCUGUUUGAACCUUCUGGACGCCCUGAAUCUCAGGUGGAUUAUUAUUUAACAGUCAAAGAGAACAUGUGUGUUGUUUGUGGCAAGACAGAGUCUUAUAUUCGAAAGAACAUAGUGCCUCACGAAUACCGGAGACAUUUCCCCAUCCAGAUGAAGGACCACAAUUCUCAUGACGUGCUCCUCCUCUGCACUGCCUGCCAUGCUAUUUCCAAUUACUAUGACAACCAUCUGAAGCAGAAGUUGGCCGAGGAGUUUGGUGCCCCCAUUGGCUGCGAGGAAGGUGUUCGCCUGUUUGAAGAUCCCAUCCGCAGGCAAGUCCGUUCAGGUGCCAGGGCUCUUCUGAAUGCAGACGGCCUGCCGGAUGACAGGAAAGAGGAACUGCUACAGGUGGUUAAGGACUACUUUCACUCUGUGACAGUUUCCCAAGAGAUGCUGCAAGAAGCAGCUGGACUGGAAACCAGGAUUUGUAAUGAGACCUAUAUGCCGCAUGGUCUGAAAGUGGUACAGUGUUUUGCCAAAGGGGGUCUCCGCUCCCUCAUGCAGCUGGAGAGACGCUGGCGCCAGCACUUCUUGGACACUAUGCAGCCCAAGCAUCUUCCAGAGCAGUGGUCUGUUGAUCACAAUCAUGAGAAACUGAUCCGAAAGUAUGGAGAGGAUCUCCAGGUUGAAUUGUCUUGAAAGCUGGAGCUUCCAGAAGAUAUUUAUGGACUGUUGCGGCUGAUGAACUUAGAAAAACACAACUGACAUCUCCUGUUUUCCUUUGAUCUCCCAUGCUGGUUAUGCUAAAUUAGGCUUGCUCCCUUCUACUGAGUCAGACUAUUGUUCUAUCAAGGUCAGCACUGGCUACUGUGAUUGGCAGUGGAUCUCCAGUGUCUCAAGCAAAAGCCUUUCAUAUCACCAGCUGCUUGAUCCUUUUAAUUGGAGAUGCUGGGAACUAAACCCAGGACCUUCUCUGCCACUCAGCCAUAGCCCCUCUACUGAACUGAUUAG